AAUGACACCCAUAAAGCCGUGCUUAAACAUUUGUCAACGAGUUUAGGACCUAAUACUGUACUAGAGUUCUCCGACUCAUUUUUCUAUGCCCAUUUUACCCCUACUUUGCCGUUGAGGCUACGCCUUGUCCUGAGAAGACCACAGUAGAAAAAGUAGCUUGACUUAGCUAACAUACGCUUUAUGCCGUACAUAUCACCACCGACUAUACUACCCUUCUCCUUCCUUGAAUUCUCAAAUUCCCUCCAAUGGCGGAUCAACUGCGGACCUAUGCCUAUCUUCUCCUCUAUAUCGGCCUCUCCAGUGGUCAAAUCUUUUUCAACAAGUGGGUUUUAUCUUCUAAGGAAAUAAACUUUCCGUAUCCUCUUGGGUUGACUCUUCUUCACAUGGUUUUCUCUUCAGUCUUAUGUUUUAUAGUCACCAAAGUUUUUAAGAUUAUAAAGAUUGAAGAAGGAAUGACUCCGGAAGUCUAUGCAACAUCAGUUGUGCCAAUUGGUGCAAUGUUUGCAAUGACUCUUUGGCUUGGGAACACUGCAUAUCUUUAUAUUUCUGUUGCUUUUGCACAAAUGCUGAAGGCAAUCAUGCCAGUAGCUGUAUUUAUUCUUGGAGUAGCGGCAGGACUUGAGGUGAUGAGCUGCAGAAUGCUAUUGAUCAUGUCAGUGAUAAGUCUUGGUGUUCUAGUGGCUUCAAUUGGUGAAAUACAUAUUAACUGGGUGGGAGUAGUUUACCAGAUGGGAGGAGUUGUUGGAGAAGCUUUAAGGCUUAUUUUCAUGGAGAUUUUUGUUAAAAGAAAGGGACUUAAGUUAAACCCCGUAUCUGUCAUGUACUAUGUCAGUCCUUUCAGUGCUCUUUGCCUAUUCAUUCCUUGGAUUUUUCUUGAAAAACCAAAGAUGGAUGCUAGCGGCACAUGGAAUUUUCCACCCUUGGUGUUAGCACUCAAUUCUCUGUGUACUUUUGCCCUCAACUUAUCAGUUUUCCUAGUGAUUACGCAUACAAGUGCUUUGACCAUUCGAGUGGCUGGAGUUGUCAAGGAUUGGGUUGUUGUCUUAUUGUCUGCCCUUUUAUUUGCUGAUACAAAGCUGACAUUGAUAAAUCUCUUGGGUUAUGCCAUUGCCAUAGCAGGCGUAGCAGCAUAUAACAACAGCAAGCUAAAAAAAGAAGCUACUGGACGUGGCACUGAAGCUACUGGACGCACAACUGAUGAUACAGAAAAUGCUGCUGAGUCUGUACCACUGACCACAUACUUGGAUCCCAACAAGUAGCACUACAUUAGGAGCAGUCUUUCAAGUUUAGUCUGCUCUUACCAUGGGCCGUUGUUGCUGUGGCAAGGAUCAGAAACAGAUCGAAGUGUAAAGAUAUGAAGUUUUUUAAUUUGACACAAAAAUUAAUUUUCAUAAGCCAAUGCACUUCCAUUCAUUGAUAAUUUAUUUGUAAAGCAAUAUAUCGGAUCACAGUCAUCAUGUACUAAUUACUUUGUCAGAAAAUUUUGAAUCAAUAAAUUUUUUUAAGCUUUUUCCCAGAA